CGCUCUUCCGCUCCCAACCAAGCGGUUUUUACGCGCUAUAGUUUAUCUAAAGGUCUAAAGUCAGAAAAACCCAACAUGAAUAAUUUUAUCAAAAUACAUCCAUAUUUUGAUUUGCGCUCUCAUUUAAAAGUUUUGCUCAUACAGACAGGCACAGGCAGCCAUCAUACCAUUUGUAGUACGCGACUGAAAUGGACGUGCGAAUCCGAGCAAUAAAUUAUUCAUGAAUUAUAAAUUUAUUUGGAUUCGUGAAUUAUAAAUUUAUGAAUUGUAAAUUUUAAUAAUUGACAUGAGGUUAUUUGUGUAGUAUAGAGUAGUAGUGUGCACUUGCGUGUCGUCUUUCAAGAAGCUAUUCAAUAUGGGCAAUGCUUGGCUAUGAGUCGCCAGGAGUCAGCCGACGCUGAUCGUCACUUCCACGGUCAGCCUUCGGAACCGGACGGAGACCACGGGCCACGCGACUUGCCGUAUCCGGACGAUUCCAAUUUACCUCAAGACGAACUGGCGACUCAAGACCAGGGUGAACAAAAAGAAACUUCUUGGUACGGGAAAAGCAGUUGUUUUCUGCCUACGAGUUUCUUUGAUCUACAAUCCAACAUAGACUUUUUGAACGAGUGCUGCCCUCUAAGUAUUCAAGUGGUCGAUUGCAAAGAGCAUCCCUGGUAUUAUAAGAAAUAUAACUUGUCCUACACACAAGAAAACAAAUUAAACAUGGAUAAUAAUUCCAGUGAAAACUUACAUAAUCCAAUUACCAUAGAUCUAACUGAUUAUACGUGCGACGGUUUUCUAAAUAAAAAUGAAAUGGUUAAUAUACCCCAUAAUAUUAUAUGCCAAUCAAAAAAUGUUGAUAAGAAACGUAAAAAUGAUCAAACAAAAAACAUUUCAUGUAAACGAUAUAAAAGCGAUGCAGAUUUAGCUCUUAGUCAAGCAAACGUAUCUAAAUUAGAUUAUAAUUAUAAACAUAAUACUGGUUUGAUAGGUUUAAAAGUCGUAUCAUCUGAGCAACUUAACAAUAUUUCAUCGAGCGCAAAUACAAAUAAAACCAAAUUCACCAAAGUGCCAAAACCGAGUAAAUGCAAAACGGCCAAAGCUCGACCAAAGCCUAAACCAAUAGAAAAAAAUGAAACCAUUACCUCUGCUUUAAAACUUUUAAGAAAUUUAGGGACUACAAUUCACACUGUAACUAAUAUAAACACUGAGAGUAGUGGAGCAAACCCAACCAAUGGCAAUGCAAGCAUAAUAGGCUUUCUGAAGACUACAACAUGUGCUAAGCCUAAAUCAAAAGAAAAAAAUGAAACUUUUACCUCAGCUUCAGAAACGUUGCGGACUACAAUACCGGUGGUUAAUAAAAACCUUGAGAAUGAAAGAAACCCAACUAGUAGAAAUGCAAGCAUAAGCCUGCCUAUUCUUCCUGCUACUAUAACAUGUACUAAGCCUAAACCAAAAGCAAAAAAUGAAACUGUUACCACAGCUUCAGAAACGUUGCGGACUAUAAUACAACCGGUGGUUAAUAGAAACCUUGAAAAUGAAAGAAACCCAACCAGUAGAAAUGCAAGCAUAAGUCUGCCUAUUCUUCCUGCCACUAUAACAUGUGCUAAGCCUAAACCAAAAACAAGAAAUGAAACUGUUACCACAGCUUCAGAAACGUUGCGGACUAUAAUACAACCGGUGGUUAAUAGAAACCUUGAAAAUGAAAGAAACCCAACCAGUAGAAAUGCAAGCAUAAGUCUGCCUAUUCUUUCUGCCACUAUAACAUGUGCUAAGCCUAAACCAAAAACAAGAAAUGAAACUGUUACCGCAGCUUCAGGAACUUUGAGGACUACAGUUCAACCGGUGGUUAAUAAAAACCCUGAAAAUGAAAGAAACCCAACCAGUAGAAAUGCAAGCAUAAACCUGCCUAUUGUUCCUGCUACUAUAACAUGUGUUACGCCUAAACUAAAAGAAAAAAAUAAAACUAAUACCUCAUCUUCAGGAACUUUGGGGACUACAGUUCAACCGGCAGUUAAUAAAAACCCUGAGAAUAAAAGUAACUCAACUACUGGAAAUGCACGCCUGCCUGUUCUUCCUGCUACUGUAACCUGUUCUAAGCCUAAACCAAAAGAAAAAAAAUAUAAUAUUACCGCAGCUUCAGAAACUUUGCGGACUACAGUUGAACCGGUGACUAUUAAAAACCCUGAAAAUGGAAGAAACCCAACCAGUAGAAAUGCAAACAUAAGCCUGCCUGUUCUCCCUGCUACUACAACUUGUACUAAGCCUAGCCCAAAUGAAAAAAAAUAUUACAUUACCUCAGCUUCUGAAAGUUUAGGCCUUUUAGGCACUAUAAUUCAACCUAUGGACAAUAAGAACUUAGAAAACAGAGCAAACCCAACCAAUGGAAAUGUCAGAAUUAGCAAUAAUGAAACUCCUGUAUCUCCAAGUAAUUCAGCAGUUAAGUCACGUCAAAAUAAUAUUUUUAAGAGAAAAAAACAAAAAAAUAUGCCUACUAUAUCUCCAGUUUACAUAGCACAUUACAAAAAAUAUUUGGAACUUAAUAAUUCAAGUGCUUCAUUGAUUAAAAAUAAUCUUAAUGAACAAUCGAAGAAUAAUUUGAUUAAACAAAUAACCCCUACGAGUAUCGUAGAGAGAGAUUCGACUAAUGUAGUAGCUGCAAGUUCUAGCUCAUUUAGAUCCAAUUCUCCAAUAUUACCAUGCAAUAGUAAUUCAGAACUUAAGCAACUACUAAGAAAAGAUAUCCAGUAUACUAAAGUCGCAAAAGACAAAAAUGCACACUCGAUGAAACCAACUGUUACAAAUAAUGUAGUUUAUAAAAAUGAAAAUAUUAUUAUUACAGUGCCAAGCAAUUCCAAAAAUUCUCAGAAGCAGCCACUGCCAAGUGAAUUAGAUAAAUUGACAAAAGGAAAUGAUAAUGAUGUGAAAAAUAUUGAAGCAUCUAAAACAAGUCUCCAUAGUGCAAUGUCUAAUGAUAAUAUGAAUUCUAUUACUAAAGAGAGGAUGAAUCCAGCUAAUAAAUUUAAGUUAACACCUUCAAAGAAAACCGAUCUAAAAAAUUCUGAUAAACAUAUUUAUGACAAUAAUAACGCAAUGUCAGCCACUUCCAACAAUCAGUAUCACACACACAAUGGAGCUCGAAAACCUAGCUUAAUUAAUCAUAACAGCAACAUCAUUCAUAAGUCUACUUGUAAGUCGAAAUCUUCCAACAGUUCCAAGACUCUGCCCGUUCCCAAUUUACGUACCGAGUCAACACAUUCCCCAAUAGUUGAUGUUAACAAAAUACCCGCUACCAACACUAUGAAACACCCAGGCAACUUGGUUCAAAUACAGGAGCAAAAAACCGGCUCUAACAUGAAUGAGAGCAUAAGAGCAAAUAUGAAUACGAAUGAUAGCGCACUUAAUGAACAGGCCAUUUAUCAGCGGAACUAUGCUACAACUGUAACAAAUAUACAAGUGCCAAAUCAGGUAUUGCAACCAGGAAAGAUUUCUAAAACCGAGCCCCCAAACAAGAAUUCUGCAGCUCCAGCAAAGAAUAAAACUCCUGUAUCUACGAACAUGCGAAACCAACCGAAAUUUUAUAGCCAUGAUAUUACAGUAAAUGGAUCCCCGAAUAACUUUACACGCAAUCACACAAAUGUCACUCAAUCAGCUGUAAAUAUAGGAUAUCCACAUAUACCUUACACUGGAGGGCAUCCCAUUUCACACCUUCCAAAUCCGUCUUAUCCACCGCCCCCUCUGCAGUACCCACCGCCCCCUCUGCAGUGCCCACCGCCGCCGCCGCCGCCGCCGCCUCCAACUCCACACGUCACGUCGCUGCCACCGCCGCCAUUACCUCCUCAGCACCUACUAACGUCACUCCAGCCUCUGUGGUUCACACAUCCCCCUCCACCUAUACCAGAACAAUAUCAAAACAAAAACCAACCACAAAUCUAUGGCAACAAACCUGCUGGAGAAAUCGCCAGAGACGAUAACACUAUUGGGAGUCGUAAUGUGCCCACGAUAUUAAAACGUAAUGAUGUAAUUAUUACUCCUAUAAACAACAACAAUUUAACAUUUGAAAACCAACACGUAGAAGCGAAAGGUGCUGAUACAACUUUGAAACAGUCAACGAAUAGUAGCAAUGUACUUCGUAAUGGUGAUAAUAUGCCUAAUAUUGAUAAAAGUAAAACAUCGAAACCUGGCCCUCUUUGCAUGAAGAAUAAGACAGGACCUUUCGCCGUCAAAAAAAUGUGUCUUGAACCAAACAUAAAGGCACAGUCACAUGGUCCUCAGCCAAAUAGAGGCUACUCUCCGGCGCUAAGUCCGCAAAAUGAAAUAUUGGCAAGACUACAGGCCCAAAUGAACCCAAUGUUAUUUCCCAAUGCUGACACAAAUACACCCACAAAUUCUAGAGCGCCAAAAAGCUUUAAAGGCCAAGCAAAGAAAUCUGCUAGGAAAUGUGAAAAUACGUGCAAGUCACCUAAAUCGUUAAACGAUAUCGUCAACAUGAGACAAGAGUAUGAAAUUUAGUUUCUUUCAUUUUGUGCAAUUAAUGCUGAAUCUUAUAUUUAAAGUCAUAGUUCCUAGUAAAUUACCUCUUCUAGUAAAUAGAAUUAAGUAUAAAUAGGUUCAUCCUAGUGCGCUUGUUAGGUAGGACAAUUUGCGCAUAAAGGGAAGCAUUUACUCAUGCAAAAUAAAAUACAUUUAUAAAUAACUAGAUUUAAUUUUAUGUCCAAAGAUAUUUUAGUUGAUUGAUAUUUGUAAGCUUUUUUGAAAAAACUCAAAUACUGUUUUAGUUCUUGCAACUCACGAAGGCGAGUGAGCUUUACUUGUGUGUACGUGUAUGUAUGAUAGACUAUCGUUAAGUGCAUGUGCACUUAACGAUAGUCUAUCAAAACUUUUAAUAAUUUAGAAUAACGAACAAUAGCGAGCCAUCACACAUAUAAAGCUCACUCGCCUUUCGUGAAUUGCAACAACUAUAAUAAGUAAUUAUGUUUGUAUAAAAUGUUUAAUUUAACGCAUUUACAUAAGUAGUUCAUAAAUUUAAUACCUAUAGGUAGAUAUAGAUGGAGCUAAGAUAAUGUUUUCAUAUUAAAUAUUAUUUUCAGAUUAUUUUGAAAAAAAUUACGUUUAAGUUUAAUCAUAGGACUGUUACAUGAUGAAGUUCGAUGCAAUUCAAAUAGUUAUGCAUUUAUUUAGUUAUUAUUUUAUUUUAAGUAUGGACUUUAAGUAAUCUCUUGAUUUAUUUCUUGAGAACAACGUUGAUGUCUUUUUCUUAGCGUAAAUAUUUUCUUGUUGUUUUUUGCAAAAAAUAAUGCAUGUAUUUUAGUGUAUAAGUUUCUUCAAAUGCCGCUGGCAAAAAAGGUCUCGGUUGAAAAGAUUUGACGGUUAAAAAUAACCUUUAUGUAAAUAAAUCCAAAGAAUAUAUUUUUCUACAUUUAUA